AUGCUGCUGCAAAAGCUAGAUGAGAAGACCCAAACCAAAUGGGAGGAGACUGCGUCAUCGGACAGGAUACCCACAGCUGGGGAAUUCUACGAUUUCCUGGAGAAGCGAUGCCAGAAGAUGGAGAACGUGCAAUACGCUAUAGCGACACACGCUGGUAGCGCUCAGUCCGAGGUUCAGGUCUACACAUUAGACACCGUCACAUACGGUACGAGGGCUGCAUCGUUUUUAGCGGUCCGCGCAAUGCACCAGCUGGCCAUCGACGAGGGUAAUCCCUACCCUCUUGGCUCAGCUGCUCUGCAACAGGAGUUCUAUGUUGAUGAUCUCAUCUCUGGCGGCAACUCGGUCGCAGAGGUCAUGGAAAAGAUGCGCCAAACUUCAAGUCUACUGUCUUGCGGUAACUUUAAGCUUAGAAAAUGGUGCUCGAGUAACAAGGAGGUGCUUGAUGGAAUUCCGGAGGACGACGUGGAGAAAUUUCUACGGUUUCAUGAUGGAAGCGACAUUACCAAAACUCUUCGUUUAGCUUGGUACCCUGCGUCGGAUCAGCUGCUGUUUGCCUUGUCCGCGCUGGACUCGAAUUCAAGGCCCUCCAAGCGGUCGGUUUUGUCAACUAUUGCGCGUUUCUACGACCCUCUUGGAUUGAUUAAUCCUGUUAUUGUCAGGUGCAAGAUCUUUCUUCAGCAGCUUUGGAGAGAACAUUUGGACUGGGAUGAAAGCCUACCGACAGCGCUGCACUCAACUUGGAUUGACCUGAGAAACAGUUUGGCAAGCAUCUCUCGCAUUUCCUUUCCUCGCGUUGUCCAUAAUUCCGGCACAAUUGUAGAGGUUCAUGGAUUUUGUGAUGCCAGCAUGGAAGCAUAUGGUGCUUGCAUAUAUGUCGUGUCCAGGCAAGGGGAGUCGUCGAGCAAUGUUUUGUGCUCAAAGUCUCGAGUGGCGCCACUAAAAUCAUUGUCGAUUCCAAAGCUGGAAUUGAGUGGAGCCCAUUUGCUUGCGAAGGUUAUGCGCAACUUAAAGGAGACGGGAAUUUUCCCAGGUCAGUUUUACUGCUGGUCGGAUUCGUCUACGGCGUUAUCUUGGAUUCGGGAUGAGCCAGCCAAAUUUCAGGUUUUCGUGGCAAAUCGAGUGGCAACAAUUCAGGAGUUGACGCAAGGCAUGGAAUGGCGCUAUGUUCCCACAUUGUUGAAUCCCGCUGAUAUGCUCUCCAGAGGCUCGCUUCCCUGCUACCUCAUCCAGUCAGAGCUGUGGUUUCACGGCCCCCUCGUUUUUGUUAGGUUCUAA